AUAGUUAGACAGAAGGAAAAUAAGAGAGAAAGAGUAAGUUAGUGGCAAAGGGAGAAUAGCUGUAUGCGAGUUUGUGAGAGAGAGGAAGAUGAGGGAGGGAGAAAAAAGAAAGGAAGAAUUUUUUUUUGUUCGUCAAGCCCAGACAAGAAAUGCUUAUUGAGAUGAUCUCCGGUAACAACGAAAGUUAACCUUUCUCCAUUCUCCGGUUGGGUAAGGAAAGAAGAAGAAAAAGAAGUUUAAAGAAAAGGAAGGAGAGAAAAAAACAUCAUCUUAUACCAUCAGGUUUGGAGGUGGAAGAGGAAUCUGAAACAUCAGUAAAAAAAAGUCACAACGAGAUUUGCCAUUCUUUCUUCAUUGGAAUCUUCUUUAUCUACAUCCUCUCAUCAUUUACGUCCAGUGAUCUUGUCAAUAGGUGUGAUCUUCAUCUUAACGUAAACAUUCCCUCUACCAGUUGGUCAUCAAGUUACCAUCCAUGUCACUGUGGACCAUGUCGAGUAUUUUGACAAGUGGACAUCAUCAUCUGUGUUAACCUUCAUGCAUAGUUUGUUUUUGUUUUUGACCUGUUCCAUAUCAACGUCAACAUUAUCCGUGUAUAUUUAUUUCUCCAAAGCUUAAGUUUACCUGUGUAUGUGAAGAGUAAAAAUGGGUAAAAACAAGAGAAGGAUUAUUAUUGUUAGUCUGAAGCUCUAAUUAAAGAAUCUAAGCACGGAUUUCAUGUUCAACAAUGAUCAACCAACCAAUGGUUACUUAUAUGCUUCUAAGUGUCAACAACAAUUGGUUAAACAUAGUUAUACAAUCAUCACCAUUAAUUUAAACAUUCACUUGGAUCUGUACAAACUUUUGUUUGUGUAUUGAAACCAUAAUCAUGUUUAACCUCAUCUUCUCGAUAUCACCAUGUUUUAAUCUGCAAUUGUCACUGUGAAUCCUCGUUUAUAACCUUCUCCAGUGUUUAAUUGUACAGUCACCAUAGAUGAAGUGUAAACAAAUACAUCAUUACCGUAUUCAUCAUCGUAUUAUCAGCAGUGAAUUAAAACAAAAACACAAAAAGUUACAUUGAAAAAAAGCCAAGAAAAGCUAUCAAAAAAGUAAAGAAAGGACAAAAGAAAAUAAAAGGUUAACUGACAUGACCAAUCAUAAAUAAUUGUGGUUCAAGUUUAAAUCUCUAAUUUAUAAGUUUUGUGUGUUAAUUUAAAAUUGGGAAGCUCACCAUAAAUAUUAAAGUUGAACGGCUACCAAAAAGUAACAUCAAACGGGUAAUAAAGAGAGAAAGCUAAAAACAUGAAACAAUUUAAAUCCGAGCCCAUUGAAAUGGAUUACAUCAUUGCCGAGGAAAUUGGCAGUGGCCAAUUUGCAACUGUCCGUCGGUGUAUUGAAAGAUCGUCUGGUAAAGAGUUUGCUGCUAAAUUUGUCCGCAAGAAACGCAUCAUUGGAUCUCGACGAGGCCUUUUACUGGAAGAUAUUGAACGUGAAGUGAACAUUUUAAAGAAACUCAAUCAUGACAAUAUCGUUAAACUGUUCAAUGUUUAUGACAAUGGAAACGAAGUUAUUCUUAUACUCGAGUUAGUUAAAGGUGGCGAGUUAUUUGACUAUUUGGCCGGCAAGGAAGGACUAGAAGAGACUCAAGCAAUUGCAUUUAUUAAACAAAUCCUACUCGGAUUGGACCACAUGCACUCCAAAAAUAUUGUACAUUUAGACUUGAAACCUGAAAAUAUUAUGCUUCUUGACAAGGAAACUCAAAGGUUGAAGUUGAUUGAUUUUGGUUUGUCAAGAGUUGUCAAUACUGGUUCAGAUAUUAGAGAAAUCUUGGGAACACCAGAAUUUGUUGCUCCUGAAAUUAUUAAUUAUGAACCAAUAACAUUGGCAACCGAUUUAUGGAGUGUUGGUGUUAUAACUUAUAACCUGUUAAGUGGAGCAUCACCUUUCCUUGGAGAUACCAAACAAGAAACCUUUGCCAAUAUAACUGCUGUUGAUUAUUUUUUUGACUCAACUCAUUUUAGUGAUUUAGCGCAACAUUUUAUUAGUAAUUUAUUGGUUAAAGAUGGAAGAAAACGAUUGACCGUCGAUCAAUGUUUACAACACGAUUGGAUAAAGCAAAAUGAUUCCUAUUUACUCAGUGAAACUGUGAUACAAUUAGCAAACAAUUAUCAACCUCAACUGAUUAAUAUUAAAGCUCGAAAUAGGUGGAAACUCGCCUAUGAAGUUAUCAAAACUUGUACUCGUUUAGCAAGACCCGCCGGUCAGGAGGAAAAUCACCAUGAAAGUAUCAAUAGUCUUGUGAAUUCAUUUCCAAACGACUUUUACAAUGAAAAACAGCAAGAUGAAAACUUUGUUCUGGCAGCGCUGUUUGGUGCCGUUGAAGAAGGUAAUCUCAAUGGACUCCAAGAGCUUGUUAACAUGUCCAAGAUUGAUAUAAACCAGGCGAAUACGCAUGGAGAAACGGUAGUUCAUAUUGCGGCUGGUUUGGGACAAUUGGAAAUCCUCAAACUUUUAAUCAAAAAAGGUGCUGACUUCACACUAGUCGAUAAUCAUGGUGACAGUGCUAUUUAUUGGGCAGCAAGGCAAGGACACACACAGGUUAUCCGUUAUCUUUAUGAGAAGGGAUUGAAUGUUGAUAGUAAAAAUAAGGCUGGCGAGACUGCAGUCCAUGUAGCUGCACGUUACGGACACGCCGAUGCUAUUGAACAGUUAUGCAAAUGUGGUGCAAACGUUAAUGUGGCGGACGAUCAUGGCGAAACUGCUCUCCAUAUUGCGGUUUGGCAUGGAUUUCCCAGAAUCGUUCAUGUUCUAGGUGAAGUUGGGGCCCACGCAAAUGUUAAAAAUAAGGAGGAUGAAACUGCUCUACAUUGUGCUGCUGCUCGAGGUCACAUUGAAAGUGUCCGUUGUUUACUUGAGAUUGGAGUUGAUUUGAAUCUUCUCGAUAAGAAUGGAUGCACUGCUCUUCAUUUGUCUUUACGUCGUCAUCAUAUCGUUGUGGCGUUGAUGUUGAUCAAUGGAGGAGCUAAUUUUGAGAUCGCUGAUUCCAUUGGAGAAAGGGCAAUCCAUAUUGUUGCUCGAGAAGGUCUCCUCUCUGUUUGUCAAUCUUUAUGUUCACUCAAUUGCUCGGUCAAUGUUUGCAACAAAUCUGGACUCUAUCCUAUUCAUUUGGCUGCUAAAAAUGGUCACAUUGAAAUAGUCCGUACUUUAUGUUUAACAUCAUGUACGAUUGAUCAAAAGAAUCGUGAUGGAAUAACUGCUGAAAUCUCUGCUCUGGCUCAAGGAUACAAGGAUAUUGCUGACCUACUGGUGUCAAUUAAAAACGAAACCAUUCGAUCAGACUAUAUUCAGUCAUUGAUGCCCUCCGGUGAACCUUUAACUCGUGUUAAACUUAAGCUUCUAGGUCACUCAGGAGUUGGCAAGACAACUUUAGUUGAAUCGUUGAAAUGUGGCUAUUUUUCAAGCUGGUUUCGCCGCUCCUCUCGUGGUGUAACAACAGUUGCAGCUUCAGCAGUGGUUGCCUCACUUCCAAGUAUUGGUAAACGUUCAGUUUUAAGCAAAAACUCAAUGUCAUCUUCUAAGUCUAGUCUUGAUGCAUCACCUCCUCUAACUCCAACCACUGCUACUUCAUCUUCAUCCUCUUCUGCUGGAUCAAGUAGUAAUGGCUCAAGUAGUUCUGCCACCAGUGGUAUUGGCAGUAGUACCAGUAGCAUCGCUACUUCUUCAAUCGCUUAUGGUAAUGGUAAACACUCAACUCAUGGCAGCAUUGGUGCAGCUAAUGGAAUUAAUGGUCAUUUCCAUGGGUCAUUUGAAUUUUGUAGUAGCCUACAUCAUGAAAACUCUACUCGAGGAAUAGAUGUUUCAACCAUUUCCCCUUCUGGAGUCGGUGAUCUUAGUGUUUGGGACUUUUCAGGCUGUGAAAGCUAUCUCCAAAUUUAUGAUCAUUUUCUUGCAGAAACCAAUUGUGUCCAUGCCAUAUUAUUUCGUGCCUGUGAUCGACUUGAUAUUCAAAUGAACCAAGUCCUGUAUUGGCUUCAUUUCUUGCAAAGUCGUCUCCCCGUUGUAGAGCCUUUAGCUUUUGGAGGUAAAAGCCAAUUUCCAGCCAAAGUUAUCUUGAUUGCAACACAUGCUGAUCUGUUACCCUCUCGGCCAAAUUUCCAUGCCUAUCCAGCAGCUAACAAUUGUUCAUCUACAGCUUCGUCCCCAACCGAUUAUGUGAAUCGAGAAGUAGCCACUGUUUACCAAGUUGUCAUGGAAAAAUUUUCAAACAUUUUCGAUAUUCACGAUCAAGUUCUCAUCAUGGAUUCUCAUGCUGUUGGCUCCCAAGCCAUGAAACAAUUUAAAAAUUACUUGUCCAUUGUCAAGAACAAAAUUUUAGAAAUAUUGCCACCUUCAAGCGGCCUUUUAGAAUCAGUUAUGAGUGCCUUAAAUCAUUGGCGAAAAGCACUAUCAAAUUUCCCCAUUUUAACAUAUAAUCAAUUAGUUUCCAUGAUUCGUGAACAGAUCAAUCCUCUUACAGGAGAGGAACAUGUUAAUCAAAUCGUCCGUCAACUUGUCUCCAUUGGAGAAAUAUUUUACCUCAAAUCAAAAAAUGAUCAAGAUCUUAUUGUUCUAUGUCCCAAAUGGUUAACAUCUACCGUUAUCGGCAAUCUUCUUUGUGAAGAUCAAAUAUUGAAAAGUCCAAUUUCAGGAAGGUACACUGUUGAUGAGAUUCAAGAUCUUUUCCCGUCAAUGGACGCUCUAGAUUUACUUCAAGUAUUAGAGAGUCUAUCUUUAUGCACUCAAUGUGAUUCUGAAGGAGACUUUAUGAGUAAAGGUGAACAUAAAAACAUCGAAUAUGAAUUCCCUUAUUUUAUUAAGCAAGAAAGGCCUGAAAGUCCUUUACUAAUUGCUGAUUCACUGGAGGAACAUCAUCAUCAUCGUGAUCAUCACAUUAAUUCGAGUUCACCUGGGCCACCAGCGGAGGGAUUAGAAUCUAAUAAUCCAAAUAAUACUCUGAUGGCUGGAAUCCGAUUACAAUGUGAUCCUGAUACUCCAUCUGGCACUUUAUUAACCUGCCUAUUCCCUCGACUUCAAACAAUUUUACGAUCUUUGGUCCAAGAGAAUAAUGAUAUCGAUAAUUCCUUGAAAUUGGAACAAUUUUGUAAUACAGUUAAAUUACAUUUUGGACCUUUAACAGCAACCCUUAUGCCCGCCAUACUUUCCUGCUCUUUGCAAUACGAAGCCAUUGAAUUAAGAGUUGUUGGUCCUCGAUCCAAACCUUUAGAUGCUUUCCACUUUUUUUAUGACCUUUUAUCACUCAUUGAAUCUUCGAUCGGUUCUAUGGCUCCAGCGCUUCUCAUCCACCGACAUUACAUGAGUCCUACUGAACUGGCCAAACAUAAGCUUCACCCUUUAACCUAUUCUCCUUCACAAUUAAUUGACGUUGCCCUAAGAUCUUCUCGUCCUCUGGAAGAGUCUUUAUCAUUAACUGAAUCCUCAGUCUUAACAACAUCAUUAAUAUCUUCAGUUUCCUCUUCUUGUUCUUCAUCGGUAUCACCAUCCUCCGAAACUGGUCGAUGCACUGGUGUUGGGGAGAGAUUAGCUGAUGUUAUUAGCUUCGGCUGUAAUAAUCUCAAUUUUGAUAUGGAUUCACCAUCAACAGCAACCACAACAUCAACCAAUAGCGCACCUACAACUUUAGCCACUAAUCUAGCUUUUGCCAAAUCACGAGAUUCCUAUGAGUUUGAGCUUAGACUCAAUCAAACUUCUGGAACUUGUAUUCCAACCGUCCCACCAUCAUCGUCAUCAAUAAAAUCAUCAUCUCCAUCUCACCAUCUUUUUCAACCUCAAUUUUAUCAAUUACCAAUGACAACAUCAAUAAUAUCAUCAUCAGUUAUCUUACCUACAAUUAAUUCAAACUCUUCCUCUGGAUCUUCAGCGGCAACAGCAUUUGGUCCUGUCUCUUUGAAUCCAACACUAGUUGGGGAAUUACAUAUUAACAAUCUUCCAGUGGUUACUAAACAGCGUCUUUGUGCUUUGCUUGAUCCACCUGAAUCCAUGGGUAAAGAUUGGUGUAUGCUCGGAAUUAAAUUAGGUCUAACUGAUAAAUUACCCAAACUAGAUCCUGGUAAUAAUACAGCAAUCAGUCCUACAUGGAGAGUUUUAGAUGAAUGUUGUCGCAAUCCUUCUUGUACCAUAUCAGUUUUGGUUGCUAAACUUCAAGAAUUAUCUAGAUUGGAUGCUGUUAAUUUAGUUCUCAGUUCUGUUCCUAUUCUCAAAGUUUUCCCUCUUUUCUCAAACAUGGACUCAGCUUGCCCACCUCUUAGUGAUGACGCCUCAUCAGCACCCAUAAGCACAGUAACUAGAUCAGCCUCUCAAGCGUCCAGUUCAAAUUUAUCUCGUUGAUAAUAUGGAAUCAAAAUGAAAGCAUUCAAGCUGCAUCAGAUGACAACCUUUAAAAAGUUUCAUGACGCUCUCAAAUCAAAAUUUAAAGUCUUCAUUUUAAUAAGUUUUCGGUGCCUUUUGAUUGUUUUAUAAUUAAAUUUGAUUUAUUAAUAUUAUUAUCAAGAAAUGUAUCAUCAGCUUUGUUACCUGUGACUUAGCACUGACAAACCAAAAGGCUUUUCAAUUUGCCUCACUUCCUAGUCCCUGUAAAAAGAUAAGACCAUAUAACUGUACUAAUUUUACUAAUGUUUUAAUUUUUUCAAAAUCAAAUUGAUUGUUAAUUUUCUCUAUCCUUCAUUAUUUUCCUCUUGAUCCAUAUUUCUGUUUCUCUCCAUCAAUUCAGUUCUUAUUCUCUGGCCUUUUCAUCAUGUCUUUCCAGCCUUUUAAACAAAACAAAUCCCAAUCAUCUCAAACUCUGAUUGAAUAAUUGAUAUUCAAGUGCCAUCUUGAAAUAAAAUUGAUUCUUACACU